AGCUCAGCUAAACCAACAGUCCGGUUCGGUUCGUUCAUACUUCAGGAGGGUAAAACGACAUACAAACGGAUCCUAUAAAAAUACAAACGUUAAUUCCAUUUUCGGAGUCAUUCGGACUUAUUUUGAAGUUUAAGUGAUUUUUGUUUAACAAAAGAAAUUUAAGUAAAAAAAAACAAUCAUGUCGAUCGCUCAGGAAGUGAUCAAGGAGCCGAUGAUGGUUAGCGCGUCAAGUGUUUUCUAUUUUUUGCUUUUGCCAACAUUCGCCUUAUGGUUCGUCUAUUGGCGUCUAUCGCGUAGACAUCUCUAUGAGUGUGCUGCAAAAAUCCCUGGACCAGAGGGAUUACCUUUAGUGGGAAAUCUUUUCGAUGCUAUUGGUUCACCAUCAAAGGUGUUCCAGACCGUUAUUCGAAAGGGUGAACCAUUCGAUUAUGUUGCUAAGAUUUGGAUUGGACCUAAAUUAGUUAUCUUCUUGUAUGAUCCACGUGAUGUUGAGAUUUUACUUAGCAGCCAGGUGUACAUUGACAAAGCUCCGGAGUAUGAAUUCUUCAAGCCAUGGUUGGGAGAUGGUCUUUUGAUCAGUACUGGUCACAAAUGGCGCUCACACAGGAAACUCAUUGCCCCAACAUUCCAUUUGAACGUAUUGAAGAGCUUUAUUGAACUAUUCAAUGAAAACUCACGAAAUGUUGUCAAUAAAUUGAAGGCCGAAGGUGAAAAGACCUUUGAUUGCCACGAUUACAUGAGCGAAGCUACCGUCGAAAUUUUGUUAGAAACCGCUAUGGGUGUGUCCAAGAAGACUCAAGGCAAGAGUGGGUUCGACUAUGCCAUGGCUGUCAUGAAGAUGUGUGACAUCCUCCAUUUGCGUCAUCGUAACAUUUUGUUGCGCAGUGAAUUCUUGUUCAGUCUAACCAAGCACUUCAAGAACCAAGGUAAGCUUUUGGACAUCAUUCAUGGACUUACCACCAAGGUUAUCCGCAACAAGAAGGAAGCUUUUGCCAAGGGAACUCGUGGAUCCCUUGCUCAGACCAGCAAGUCUUUCGAAGCAUUCAACUUCCAAGUUGAUUCGAAGAAACCUGCAUCUAACGUCGUUGAGGGUUUGUCAUAUGGACAAGCUGAACAACUCAAGGAUGAUUUGGAUGUGGAAGAUAAUGAUAUUGGUGAGAAGAAGCGUUUGGCUUUCUUGGACUUGCUCUUGGAAAGUGCACAAAACGGUGCUCUCAUCUCUGAUACCGAAAUCAAGGAACAAGUUGAUACAAUUAUGUUCGAGGGACAUGACACAACCGCCGCAGGAAGUUCGUUCUUCCUCUCGAUGAUGGGUAUCCAUCAAGAUGUCCAAGAUCGUGUUAUGGCUGAAUUGGAUGAAAUCUUUGGUGAUUCUGACAGGCCUGCAACCUUCCAAGAUACCCUCGAAAUGAAGUACUUGGAACGUUGUUUGAUGGAAACUCUCCGAAUGUACCCACCAGUACCGAUUAUUGCUCGUCAGCUUAAGGAAGAUCUAAAGCUCGCUUCUGGAAACUAUGUCGUUCCAGUUGGAUCAACUGUGGUGGUUGCCACCUUCAAGCUACAUCGUAAUCCAAAGAUCUGGGAAAAUCCCACUGUCUUCAAUCCUGACAACUUUUUGCCAGAGAAACAAGCUAACAGGCAUUAUUAUGCCUUUGUGCCAUUCUCUGCUGGACCAAGAAGUUGUGUUGGUCGCAAAUACGCCAUGCUUAAACUGAAGAUUCUCCUCUCGACAAUUCUUCGUAACUACCGAAUUCAUUCGGAUGUUCCCGAAAAGGACUUCAAAUUGCAGGCUGAUAUCAUUUUGAAGCGCGAAGAGGGUUUCAAGGUCCGUCUAACACCAAGGCAAAGAACUGCCAAGGUUGCCUAAGACGCACGCCAUUAUACUUUUUAAGUCCCAAAGAUUACCAUCAACCCCCAAAAACAACAAGAAACCCCACCCAAAAACCUAAAAUGCGGAUGAUGUACGAGUAGUUUUUAGAGAAGAAACAAAAUGUAUACAAAAUAUAAGAACUUUUGGACACAAAACUCUUCAGAACCAAAAACAAAAUUAAAUAAUUAAAACUUUUAAUUUAAAAACAAAAAAAUUAAACUUUGCAGUGCGGUGUUACCAUCAGACCUCUCUCCACAUACCUCCUUUUUUCUUUGCUAUGUUUUCUCCUUUUCUCUUUGUUUUGGUUAAUAUGAUGAGCUUUAUAAAUUAAAAUAAUUUAAUUGUUUUAUUAUUCUGGUUUUGUGUGUGUAUAUAAAUGUUUAAAUUGUUUUUGUUUCUCCAAAGUGUUAUGUCUUAAAAACAAACUAAAAAAUAAUGAAAAUGAUGAAUAAACAAAAUGUUUAUAAAAA